CUCUCCGUUCUUCCCCACACUGCUCACACUGCCUUCGACUUCGCAUCUUCUCUUCUCGAGGAGGCGCAUGGCAUGAAUCCAGCACGUCUCACCCGCCGAGGAUGAGAGCCUGGGCCACCACCAGCAGAGGACGACGACCCCCGCCACCGACCGCACCGCGAGGAGGAGGAGAGAGAUGGGGAACUGCGGAGCGAAGGAGGAGAAUGCCGUCGUCGCCGCGCAUGCACAAGUUCAGCAGGUCCACUUGUUAGAACACUCCGCCAAGAAUGCUCUUGCAGAUAAGAAGACCACCCGAGCAUCAUCAGAUGUAAGUGAUCCUCCAACACCUAGGAAAAUCGACGAUGCCAAGAACAUUUCCAUAUACAACAACGUGAUUUCCUUCACGUUGUUUGAGCUUGAAACAAUCACAAAGAGCUUUCGUGCCGAUUAUGUUCUUGGCGAAGGAGGCUUUGGGACUGUUUACAAGGGUUACAUAGAUGAGAAUGUCAGGGUUGGUCUGAAAUCACUGCCUGUUGCCGUCAAGGUUCUCAAUAAAGAUGGACAUCAAGGGCACAGAGAAUGGCUUACUGAGGUUAAUUUCCUGGGGCAGCUAAGACAUCCAAACCUAGUAAAGUUGAUUGGAUAUUGCUGUGAAGAUGACCACAGAUUGCUUGUCUACGAGUUCAUGUUUCGAGGAAGUCUGGAAAACCACUUGUUUCGAAAGCCAGCUACUCCGUUGCCCUGGGCGACUAGGAUGUCUAUUGCCCUGGGAGCUGCCAAAGGGUUGGCUUGCCUUCACAAUGCUGAGAGACCUGUUAUCUACAGGGAUUUCAAGACCUCAAAUAUUCUUCUGGACUCUGAUUACGCUGCUAAACUGUCAGACUUUGGCCUGGCAAAAGCUGGCCCAGAAGGCGAUGAGACCCAUGUAUCAACACGGGUGAUGGGAACAUAUGGUUAUGCUGCCCCUGAAUAUGUCAUGACCGGUCACUUGACUGCUAGAAGUGACGUCUACAGCUUUGGUGUGGUCCUUCUUGAGCUCCUGACAGGGCGAAAGUCCAUCGACAAGUCCCGGCCCAGCAGGGAGCACAGCCUGGUUGACUGGGUUCGCCCCAAGUUGAACGACAAGAGGCGGCUUCUACAAAUUAUCGACCCAAAACUGGAGGGGCAGUAUUCAGUUAGAGCUGCUCAGAAGGCCUGCAGCCUUGCAUACUACUGCCUGAGCCAGAACCCCAAGGCCAGGCCCCUCAUGAGCGACGUUGUCGAGACGCUUGAACCACUGCAGGAAGGCGGUGGAAGCGAUGGAGCUGUUGUUCAUGUGGGUGGCCUCCCUGACUACAGAAUUCGCCGCAGGCUGACAGGAAACAGCAUGCACUGCAGGGCCAUUCCCAACCCCAAGUGCUCCCCAGCCGUCCCGGCGUGCAGGGUUAGGUGAAUAAGAACCUCUGCAGUUCCAGUGUUCACCCGCUGCUGCAGUAGGUCCAGUUGUACAUUGCGAGUUCUCGAUGUGUAAAUUUGAUCCGCACACCGCUGCUGCUUUUUGUUUCUGCUGCUUAUAAGGCCCCUCCAAUUUUCGCGGUGGUCUUAAGGUAUCUUUGAUGGAGUGAGCCCUGCUGAAACCGGCGGGGUUUAAUCCCUGGAGAUGGAAUGCUGGACCAAGAGGUGUUGAGUGUCAAUGGUAUGGAAUCGAAUUAUGGAAGUUAUGUCACAUGCUGUAGUUUCUUUAAAGUUGGGAUUGUUUCACAUGUUUC